GGGUGCCAUUGUUUUACAAACUUCAAAUCACAAGCACAUUUGAGUACUUGCAUUUGAGGUUCGACUCUGUUGCCGUUCGAAAACUUGGCUCUGUCUUGGGAAUCAUCUCAACGCUAACAUAUAUGGGUACAUCUGCGUUUGCACCUUCCACAGCUCUUGAAGCAGUUACUGGUUUUCCUGUCUGGGCGUCAAUAUUGCUGACUGUAGGCGUUGGAACUAUAUACACGUCCAUUGGAGGAAUGAAGGCAGUCAUAUGGACAGAUGUAUUCCAAUCGGUCAUCAUGUUUGGUGGUAUUCUGGCAGUAGUUGUCAUGGGUACUGUUAGAAUUGGAAGUGUUUCCAAAGUAUUUGAGAUUUGUCAAGAACACGGUCGACUCAAUUUCUUCGAUUUUAAUUUUGAUCCAACAAGAGUCAAUACAUUCUGGAUUAUAACACUUUCAAACACAAUCCUCUGGUGGAAAAGUUAUGGAACUGGUCAAGCCAGUGUUCAAAGGUUUUGUUCACUUCCCACUCUAAAGAAAGCAGAAAUAGCUGUUCUGCUGGCCAUUCCAAUGCAGGUUUUACUGAUUACAUUGGUUUGUUUCGGGGGACUCGUCAUGUUUGCGUUCUAUGCACAAAUUGGCUGUGAUCCCCUUGAACAGGGUUACGUUAAAACAGGAAAUCAGAUAUUGCCAUAUUUUGUGAUGGAUACAUUCAGGAGCCUCCCUGGUUUCCCGGGACUAUUUCUUGCAACCCUCUUCAGUGGAGCGCUGAGCACAAUGUCCUCAGGUUUAAAUGCCCUGUCGGCGAUCACGUGGGAGGAUUUCCUCAAAUACAGAUUAAGACACCUUAAGGAGUCAAGGAAGGCACUGUGCACAAAGCUACUAGUUCUAAUCUAUGGAGUUUGCUCAACAGGGAUUGCUAUUUUAGCUAUGUUCAUAAAAGGACCAAUUAUGCAGGCUGGUUCAACUUUAAGUGGUGCUAUAAGUGGGAGUCUUAUCGGCAUGUUUGUAUUGGCAGCAUUCACGGUGACUUCCAAUUGGAAGGGUACGCUAGCGGGGCCAAUGGUAUCAUUCCCGAUCAUGGUGUGGAUUGCUAUUGGAGGCCAAUCCAUUAAAGGCAAUAAUCAGUAUUUACCUCCUGGCCCAACAG